AUGAUCCAUGAUGCUCAGCUGGAUUACUAUGGAAAAAGGUUGGCUACCUGUUCAUCAGAUAGAUCCAUCAAGAUUUUUAGUGUGGAAGGCGACAAUCAUCAACAGAUUGCUGCACUGCAUGGACAUGAAGGUCCUGUUUGGCAAGUUUCUUGGGUCCAUCCUAAAUUUGGCAGCAUGAUUGCAUCGUGUUCGUAUGAUGCCAAAGUUUAUAUUUGGCGAGAGGUCAAUGGGCAAUGGUCCAGGAUCAAGGAUCAUACUACACAUACAUCCUCUGUAAAUUCAAUUGCAUGGGCCCCACAUGAAUAUGGACUUAUUCUUGCAGCUGCUUCUUCUGAUGGAAAAGUAUCUGUGCUGACUUAUCACGAUGAUAGCACUUGGGAUGUCAAAACCUUUAAUGCCCAUAGCAUUGGCGCAAACUCCAUUUCAUGGGCGCCUAGUAUUGUCCCAGGAUCGCUUGUGCAAACCUCUAGCUCGCCAGCAUCUAAUGUCGUGAAGCGGUUUGUAUCUGGCGGAUGUGACAAUCUCGUUAGGGUCUGGCGUGAGGAUGAUGGUGCUUGGCGUGAGGAGCAUGUAUUGGACGGUCACACUGACUGGGUGCGUGAUGUUGCAUGGGCACCCAGCAUUGGCUUGCAACGAAGUUACAUUGCCAGUUCAUCUCAGGACAAAACCGUGCUUAUCUGGAUACAAGACUCUCCAACAAGUCCAUGGACAAAGAAAAUGCUCAAGGCAGAACCAUUUCCAGAUGUUGUAUGGCGGGUGAGCUGGUCCAUGUCGGGCAAUAUCUUGGCUGUUUCAAGUGGAGACAAUAAUGUUACACUUUGGAAAGAGAACGUUGAUGGUGACUAUGUUCAGAUUGCCGACGUGCCUGAAUAAGUAGAAAUGAAGCUGGAUGAGAUUUUAUC